AUGGAGAACGUCUACGACCAUGUAAACUGGGAUUUCCUCUUAUACUUGCUGGGGAGAUGCAGGUUUGGGGUUACAUGGCGAUCGUGGAUUAGUUGGUGCAUCUCAAUGGCAAAGUUCUCAGUUUUGAUCAAUGGUUGCCCCACAGGUUUCUUUAGUAGUUCUCACAAUUUGAGGCAAGGUGAUCCACUAUCCUCAUUUCUCUUUGUCAUCAGUAUAGAGGCCCUUAGUAAGAUGAUAUCGGCGAUGGUUGCUCAUGGUUUUAUGGCUAGAUUCUCGAUUGGUGACCCCAAUAGGGGCAUUAUUACUUUGUCUCAUUUACAUUUUACAAAUGACACACUCUUAUUCUGUGAAGCAGACCGUAAUCAACUGAAGUCAUUGAAGGCUCUCCUCCUAUGCUGCGAAGUAGUGUUAGACUUGAAAGUGAAUUUUGACAAGUUAGAAAUAGUGCUAGUGGAGAACGUCAGCAAUACUCUGCAACUAGCUAGUAUACUUGGGUGCAAGGUAGCCUCUUUUCCCAUGUCUUAUUUGGGAUUGCCUCUGGGAGCGGCCUCAAGGGCCUCAUCUAUUUGA